AUGUGCAUGUUGUUGAAGUUGCAGUGUCAUUUUAGACUACUAUUGAAAGAAAAUUUUUCUACCACAGCGACGCGGCUAUCAUUUAGUGCUACUGCUCAGAAAGAUCUCUCAAAGGAAACGACAAGUUUUUCUCUGAAAUGCGAGAAUGCUAGGCUAACAAGUGGCGAAUUUUUUGCAAAAAUUAAAGAAUCAGUUGGUUCUGAUGCCAAUGAUGAAGAAUUCACUAUUCCUCGACCUGCUUAUGAUGCUUUAGCUGCUGAAUAUGAUGUCCUGUUGGAAGAGAUUGCGACAUUUAAGAUAAGUUUCAUUUGCAUGCAAGGCAUAAAUUCUGAUAUAUAUAUAUAUAUACAGAACGAACUACAAUUAUUAACAGAUAUAUAUAUAGGAAAAAAACUGUUAAUAAUUGUAGAUAAAUAUAUUCGUGCAAUAGCAGAGAUUGAAAAUGUCCGCCGUCGAGGUCAAAAGCAAACAGAAGAAACGAAAGUAUUUGCUAUCCAAGGCUUUUGUAAAGAUUUGCUUGAAGUAGCAGACAUUCUUGAUUUAGCAAUCAGUGCAGUGGGAAAAGAAGAACUGGAGAACAAUGUCCCUCUGAAAAAUUUGUUCGAGGGACUUGAGAUGACAAGAACACUCUUGCAAAAAGCUUUUAUGAAACAUGGAUUGAAGCAGAUUUCUCCUGAAGGCGAAAAAUUUGAUCCGACAUUGCAUGAAGCGGUUUUCCAAGUACCGAAGGAGCAAUCAAAAUUGGAAUCUGGAAGCGUAGCACAAGUAAUAAAAAUAGGUUACGCUUUGCAGAAUCGACCAAUACGUGCUGCAAAAGUGGGUGUUGUACAGUAG